AUGACUUGGGGCUUUUUAUUGAUCGGGCAAAGAAAGGAGGAUGCGAACGGACGAGGACGAACACGAAGCCAGCUGCGACGGAAAACGAGACGGUUGCGAGGUCUGAUGGCAGUCGUCAUCUCGCGAAGAAGAUGGAGCCCCUCCGAUGAUCGACGGGGCCGAAGAGAUGGAAAGGGUGAGGCAACAAGGCUGCUGUGUCUUACCGAACCGAAGGAGGGGAUGGACGAACAGAAGGCAGCAACACCGAUGAUGGUUAAAAGUCGGAGGGAGGGUUCGAUUGGGGAAAAGGAGAGGCAGAGGCCGCAGCUGGUGGCUUUCGUCGCCUUCUGCAGUGGUGGUAGGGGAUGGCGAUGGUGGGAGGCUACCGUGAAGACGAUUGCAGCAACCGGAAAUGGGAGAAGGGAGAACGAAGGGGAAACUGCCCCGAAGAAGAAGAAGGAAGAAAAGAACAAGGGAAGAAUGAAAUGGAAAAUAUGAUUCUUCUUGGUUGCACGUAGACACGAGAUCAAGAACAAAAUCGUUCUUGGCUGGGAACGAAGAUACAAGCAGGAAAAGAAAUUCGAGAUGUUUUUGGGUAAUUGUUUUAAAUUCCAUAUAUUUUUUUGUUGAAUCAAGGAUUAAGUCCCAAAUCUCGGAUGAUCAUUUAUGUUCUUUAGUUGAAUGUACUUUGAUAGAAAUUUCGAAGCAAUGUCUUAAACAUCAUGCAUCAUGUAUGUAUGUACAAUCUUGUGUAAGUGUAAGAUUUUGUGAGAGGAAAGUAAACGUGUUUUGGAUGUUGACUGUGAAUUGUAGCAUAACAGAAUAGGGAAAGGAAGAGUGAUAGAGUGAGAGAAAUCAUUCUCCUUACUUGUACAACUGAUUUGUUUUCACAUCUGGUUUGUCAAGAUUUUAGCAUGUAAGAGGUGAUUUUGGAAAUUUAUGCUUAGGAUUGUAUUUGGUGCUGGUUGCUUCCAAC